CCUUCAGACAUCCCAUCCGAAAAAAAACCUUGUUUCAAGUUCAUUUCUGUCUCCCUCCAUCAUUUCCAGUUAUUUUCCUAAAAAAAAAAAAAAAAUCCGAAACCGAAACCCUAGAUCCAAAAAAUUUCCCAUUUUGAGAAAGAAUCGAUCUCUCGAUUUCAUUUCAAUGGCGUCGCAGUUCGUGGAUCAGGACCAGAAGUGGCUCAUGGACUGCCUAACCGCCACUCUUGACACCAAUCGCGAGGUCCGCUCAUUUGCUGAGACCUCCCUCCACCAAGCUUCUCUUCAACCAGGAUUUGGAACUGCUCUCACAAAGGUUACAGUUAACAUGGAGGUUCCUUUCGGGCUACGGCAGCUCUCAGCUGUUUUGCUAAAACAGUUUAUAAAGCAGCAUUGGCAGGAAGGAGAGGAAAAUUUCAUACAUCCAGCUGCGUCGACUGAUGAAAAGGGAGUAAUACGCCAACUUCUGCUUCCUUCAUUGGAUGACUCUUCUGGGAAAAUCCGCACUGCUAUUGGCAUGGUAGUAGCAUCCAUUGCUCAAUAUGAUUGGCCUGAGGACUGGCCUGAGCUGUUGCCCUCCCUUCUGAAGCUGAUUAGUGACCAGAGCAAUAAAGAUGGAGUUCGCGGUGCAUUGAGAUGUUUAGCCCUUCUCUCAGAUGAUUUAGAUGAUACAUUGGUGCCAAAAUUAGUUCCCAAUCUGUUCCCAUACUUGCAUACAGUUAUAUCAUCCCCCCAUCUAUAUGAAAAAUCUCUUCGUUCAAAAGCUCUUUCAAUAGUUCACUCUUGUGUUUCUAUUCUGGGGUCCAUGAGUGGUGUAUAUAAGACAGAAACUAUUGCAUUAAUGAUGCCAAUGGUUAGUUCAUUGAUGGAACAUUUCUCAACCAUCUUACAACCACCAAUGCAGUCUGGAGAUCCAGAUGACUGGAGCAUUAGAAUGGAGGUAUUGAAAUGUUUGCUCCAGUUCAUUCAGAAUUUUCCAAGCCUUGUACAAGCACAGUUUUCUGUUAUUAUGGCACCUUUAUGGCAUACCUUUGUUUCUACCUUGGAAGUAUAUCAGCUAUCAUCAAUCCAAGGCUGUGAGGAUGCCUAUUUAGGGAGAUUUGAUUCUGACGGUGGUGAAAAAAGUCUCGAUACUUUUGUUAUUCAGUUAUUUGAAUUCUUACUGACCAUAGUGGGAAAUUCCAGAAUGGCAAAGGUCAUUGGAAGCAGUAUUAGAGAGUUAGUGUAUUAUAUCAUAGCUUUCUUGCAGAUGACUGAAGAACAGGUUCACACAUGGUCACUGGAUGCGAAUCAAUACGUUGCUGAUGAAGACGAUGUAACUUAUAGUUGCCGCGUGUCAGGAUCUCUGUUGUUGGAAGAGAUUGCAAAUACUUAUAGGGAAGAAGGAAUUAAUUCUAUAAUUGAAGGUGCUCAAAAGCGUUUUAGUGAGUCUUGUCAUGCAAAAGUUGCUGGUUCAACAGAUUGGUGGAGAUUGCGUGAAGCAUCUCUUUUUGCACUGGUGUCACUUUCAGAACAGUUGCUUGAAGCACAGGAUUCAGGAUUGGUUAAAAUAAAAUUAGGAGCGCUUCUCGAUAAAAUGAUCACUGAAGAUAUGGGAACAGGGCUUCAUGAAUAUCCAUUUCUCCAUGCACGUGCAUUUUCAGCAGUAUCCAAGUUUUCACAUGUGAUUAGUAGGGGAAUCAGUGAGCAGUUUCUCUGUGCUGCCAUCCAGGCAAUAGCCUUAGAUGUCCCUCCUCCUGUUAAAGUUGGUGCCUGUCGUGCAUUAUCUCAGCUUCUUUCUGAAGCAAACAAGGAGGUUGUUCAGCCUCAUAUUAUGGGUUUAUUUUCAGCUCUCACAGGCCUUCUUAAGCAGGCAUCUGAUGAAACGCUACAUCUUGUACUUGAAACACUUCAAGCCGCAGUUAGAGCAGGUCAUGAAUUAUCACAGUCUAUUGAGCCGAUUCUAUCACCUGUUAUUCUCAAUGUGUGGGCCCAGCAUGUCUCAGAUCCUUUCAUCAGUAUUGAUGCAGUGGAAGUCCUGGAGGCAAUCAAGAAUGCUCCAGGGUGUAUUCGACCAUUGGUUUCUCGGAUUCUACCAUCUGUUGGGGCUAUAUUAGAUAAGCCACAACUGCAGCCUGCGGGAUUAGUUGCUGGCUCAUUAGAUCUGAUGACAAUGAUUUUGAAAGAUUUUCUUUCUGAACAGAGUGCUCCUGCUGAUGUAGUGAAAGCAGUAUUUGAUGUUUGCUUUAAUCCUGUCAUCCAAGUUAUCCUCGAAAGUGAUGACCAUGGCGAGAUGCAGAAUGCAACAGAAUGUUUGGCUGCUUUCUUAUCUGGUGGAAAGCAAGACUUCCUUGCUUGGGGUGGUAACCCAGAGCAUACGAUGAAAAGACUACUUGAUGCAGUUUCUAGGCUUUUGGAUCCUAAUCUGGAAAGUUCUGGGUCCCUUUUUGUCGGUAGCUAUAUUUUGCAACUUAUCUUACAUUUACCUUCACAAAUGGCUCCUCACAUUCGUGAGCUUGUCACUGCUGUCGUGAGACGGAUGCAGUCAUCUGAAAUAGCAGUCUUGAAAAGCUCGCUGAUCGUGGUUUUUGCUAGACUGGUACAUCUUAGUUCUCCAGAUAUUGAUCAAUUCAUUAAUAUGUUGCUUACGGUGCCUGUUGAGGGUCAUGCAAACUCAUUCUAUUAUGUGAUGUCAGAAUGGACAAAACUGCAGGGUGAAAUUCAGGGAGCCUAUCAGAUCAAGGUUACAACAACUGCACUUGCUCUUUUGUUAUCCACACGUCAUGUGGAAAUGGCAAAAGUUAAUGUACAAGGUCAUCUCAUGAAGUCAAAUUCAGGUAUAACAACUCGUUCAAAAGCAAGACUAGCCCCCGAGCAGUGGACUGUGGUUCCACUUCCUAAAAAGAUUUUUUCAUUGUUAGCAGAGGCUUUAUUAGAGAUUCAAGAGCAAGCUUUAGAUGGGGAUGAGGAGGAUAGUGACUGGGAAGAAAUUUCAGAAAGUGAAGGUGGAAUUCCUCAGGAUAUAUUAUAUUCAUCUAGUGUCCCGUCAAAUGCUAAUCCUUCGGUGGAGCAUCUUGAUGCAAUGGCUAAGGCCUUUAAUGAGAGCGACGAUGAAAGUUACGAGGAUGAACUUACUAAACUGGAUCCACUUAACGAGAUUAAGCUGGCAGAUUUUCUCAGAAACUUCUUCAUUGGUCUAUCUAAUACAGAUAGAUCACUUUUUGACCAUCUUUUCCAGAGUCUAACACAUGCACAAAGGAGUGCGGUGGCGAAAGUUCUGAGUUAAUGAAUUAGUCAGAAGAUGUGUGUCAAUUGUUUGUUUUUGACGAUUCGUUAAUUAUUCAUAUGUAAGUAUUAUUUUUCUUUCCCUGGCCAUAUUGCCCUUGUCAUUUGGUGGCGAGGCUUUCAAGCUGCUGAACGGUUGAUUCUAUCAAGCCAUCAAGUUGUGUAAUGUCUAUGAUAUUGAUUCUUUCUUUGAGAAACGAUUUAGAGUGAGUGAGGAUUAAGAUCUGUGAAGAGUGGUUGAAUUAGGGGGUGUUUUUGGUGACUGUAAUUUUAAUUACUUAAUUACUCCCCCACCACCACCACCACCACCAAGGAAAACGUAGUUGUAUGUCUGUUAGUGUUUUGCCAAUGUACUGGCAAAGAAAGCAGUUUUGAUGCUUAAAUCCCGAAAGAUAGUAAAAAUUCUAUGGAUAAA